CUUUGAGUCGCAAUCGAUAGCUGGCAGUGUCAAAGCAAACUCAAAAAAAUCAAAAACCGUAACGAACUCUUCCUUCCGAGUUCCGAGUUGGGCGACUCAGCACCGAUGGACGAGUCGGGUUCAGCCUCCUCUCCAACGCGGCCGGUGACAAUCGAGGGCGGCGAGUGCGACGCGGCGUUGUCGAAGUCGCGGGUGCUGACGCGGGAGGAGGUGCUCCGGCGGCGGCUCCGGCGAGUGAGGCAGCUGGGGCGGUGCUACCGGGCCCACUACUGGGCCCUGAUGGAGGAGCUGAGGUCAAAGUACAGAGACUACUGCUGGACCUAUGGCAAAAGCCCCUUCAAGGAGGAUCACGAUGACAACAACAACAACAACGACCAAAACGGCGUCGUUUCUGGUGGUGACGAUAUCGUCCGGUGUCGUUUUAGCGGUUGCAAGACCAAGGCCAUGGCUUUGACGAAUUACUGUCAUGCGCAUAUAUUGGGCGAUUCAAAACAGAAGCUUUACCAGGGAUGCAAAGCCGUUGCCAAAAAUUUGCCAACAGGACCUUCUUUUUGUAAUAAGCCAGUAUUGAGGUCCAUGGUUCCUCCUGCAUGCCCCUCUCAUUUUCAAUUUGGUGAAAGGUGUUUAGCUCGUGCAUUGAGAAGGGCAGGGUUAGGGACUGCUAUCGCCACUACUCGUAAGCCUAAUGUGAAGCUACAUGUAAUAGCUUCUGAAUUUGUCCGCCAAAUUCAAAAUAAACGAAAGCUUGCAUUGAAGAAAACUGCUCCUAAAGUUGAGACUGAACAAGAAACAAAACUUAUCUGCUGAUUUUAGAAUAUAAUAUUGAAUUCCUAAAGAUUUUGCAGUAUAUAGAAUGAAUAUUUUCAUAAUCUGAAAAAUAGGAUUAUGAUUUAAUUGAAGCAUUAUUAGAUGCCAAGGAAAAAACAGUACCUUCUACACAUGCAUGUUUGUAAUUCUUUUGUCACUAUCGCUUUCUUAGUCAUAUUCAAUGAGCAGCAUCACAAUAUAUUCAAUUUUUGUUUU